AUUAGUGCCGUCUGUGUCAGGUCUGCAACGGUGUCUCUUCAAACUGUGACAUUUUACUGCAUGCUUAAACUUCAAAGGGGUACUAAACAAGCACUAUUUCAGGAGGACAAGAGGGUUACUUUUUUUUCCAAAGGAGAAGGACACCUACCUUUUCCAGGAGGGAUUUGGUUUAUCGUUGUGUUGUGAGGAGUUGAGAACAAGUGUCUGGAUUUUUUAGAAUAUCCCCGUUCAACUGGGCAUUAUAUAGGCCUAUUGUGUGCACUUCUUUAUAACUGGUGCCCGUUCCCCAUCGCUCUCCUUAGGGUUUGUGUGUGUGUGGGUGUAUUGUGUGUGUGUGGGACAGAAAGGCAACAAACUCUGGGGGUGUCAGUGUGCACGUGCUAAACCAUUGCACUGCAAAGGGAGUGAUCCCUCGUUUAUCUGGUAUCAUCUCUCACUCUCCUCGUUUAUCUAUCAUCCCUCUCAACCCUUUGUUCUGAGAUUAUAAUCAUGGCCUCCUUUAAGACGUGGCUCUUGGGACUGUUCCUCGCCCUGCUCUGCACCUUCCAGACCCCUCUUGCCCCUGGCGUCAAGGCUCAAGACCUGCCGCUGGCCCCCCAACCGGAUGUAGUAGCUGAUGACGAGGGGGAGCAUGCAGCGGAUGUAGGGGGAGAUGACGACGAUGAUGAUGAUGGGGACAGUAAAGAGGAUGAUGACGACGACGACGAUGAUGACGACGACGAUGAUGACGACGACGACGAUGAUGGCGACGACGACGAUGAUAACGACGAUGAUGACGAUGAUGAUGAUGACGACGAUGACGACGAUGAUGAUGAUGACGACGAUGACCACACAGAGUUAUGAACACUCUGGGGAAAUUGAACUGGCCUGCCUGGAGUCCCAACUGUGUGUCAUCCUUCGUACAGUACACUAGAUAUGAACCUGGGGACUUACAGAAGCAUUGUAAUGACGAGUUAAAGGAGAUGUUUUUUUGUUUUUUUUUAAGUAACACAGACUUGAUAGAAUCAGUCAUCGGAUCAUAAUAUAAUUCAGAUCUUUUGAUUUGUGUCUUGUUUGAAAUAAUGGUUUCUUCUUUUUCACUCGUCCUUCCUUUCUCACGGUUAUGGAUUGGAUUGACAUGUAUUUGUGUCUCCUCCAUGUUAACCUACAGAGAAAGAAAGAGAGACAGUGGUGUAGAAAGAGGAGGCUUGAUAGAGACAGACAGACAGACAGACAGACAGACAGACAGACGAGGAGGUGGAAGGAGUGAAGGGUGAGGGGAGGCACAUGAGGGCUAAAGAAUUAAUUAAUUUACUAGAUAAGAGUAGUAAGGUGUGGUAAUAGUAACAGGGGUGUCAAUAGAGUUUCUCUCUUUCUCCACAUCUCUCAAUCUCUCUUUCUCUGUAGAGCUUCCUUCUUUGUCACUAUGUUGAAUAGUUCCAAUGAAAUGAAUGUACUGUAUAUGCAACCCUGGUCUAUGUUUUUACGUCAUCUUUGAAUGCAUAUUAAUAACACAUCUGUGAAUGUAUCCAUUCAUAUUUUGUCAUUCUCACUCAAACUCACUCAAGCGGUUCUCAGACUAUUAUGUUUGUACAAAGAUAAUCAUUCACAUACUGAGAACAGAAACUUCCGUUAUUUUCUUAAACUAAUUUGAAAUAUUUAUGUGGCCAUUCGUCAUUUGUCACUUUAGAGAGGAUAAUUGGAAUAUGAAUUAUUCUUAUAAUACAUUCAUUUGUAUAAUUGCGUAUGAUAUCAUUUUAGUUAGAUUACAUGUCAGAUAUCAGAGAUUUUACACCAGAUCAAUACGGAAAAAGAGAGAAAUAUAUCUGUUUUAGGUAGCUAAUUGACAAGACACGACAAUUACUCCAGGUGUUGCAUGAAUAGAAGUGUUUGACUCUGCUCUUAUUUUUAUGUGGAUUUUUUAAAUUGAUUUUUUUGUUGACUGUGAAACAACCCCUUUCUGUGAAAACUGUGACAAAAUAUCACCUCUGAUCAUGUCUCUCUAAACCUACUUUCAAUCAUAGAAUAAAUCAAUUGAUCAUGAAGUGUUGUGUUCUGUUGUUGCCUGGAGUCAUGGGUUUGGUGACUGACUACAUUCAUGGAGUAAUUCUGUGUAGUAUAAAAAAG